AUUCAGCAAUUAAUUUCUUAAGAGAAAAAAACAGAAAAGAGUAAAAUCCUUAAAAUAAAGAGCUUAAUAAACAAGCCUCAAUAUGUGAUACUCGAUCUACGUUUCUCGAUCGCUCCUUUUAUCUUCUUUGGCGCAUUUUCUUCUCCUUCACAAUUUUUUUCUUUUCUUUUUCCUUGUUAUCAUUCACUCUUCCCUCUAUUGAAUAAAAGAGAAAAACAAAGCAGUCAAGCGGAGAAAAGUAACCUAUAAUAAUCACCUCCCCUAAACAUUUUCUUCAUGUAAUUAUGUUGGACACAAAAAUGGCAUAAGAGUCUUUGUGGUUAUUAGAAUCCAUUCAAAUGGAUGCGAGGGUAGGAACCAGCAAGGAUAGUCUUCUCCCGCAGAGAAACUACACUGAUUUUAGUGGCAACAAUAAUGAUGAUGAAGAAAUACGCUGUACUCAAAUGCAAAGGAUAAAAAAUGGGUUCCGUGAAUUUUGGUUGCACCUUCACCCGAUGGAUCGUUCUGGCUUUAGAAAACUGAUGUUUGCAAUCAAAUCAGGGCUCUCCUUGGCCCUCGUUUCGCUCUUUAUAUAUGUUGAACAGGAACAACUCAACAAGUAUUCAAUCUGGGCCAUCCUCACUGUUAUUGUGGUCUUUGAAUUUAGCGUAGGUGCAACCUUUAGUAAAGGGUUAAAUCGCACUUUGGGAACAACUUUAGCAGGAGGACUUGCUUUGGUUAUUGGAGAGUUAUCCAUGUUAGCUGGAAAGUUUCGAGAGAUUGCUAUUGUAUCUAGUAUAUUUAUUGCAGGGUUUUUAGCAAGUUAUGUGAAGCAACACCCAAACAUGAAGCCAUAUGAAUAUGGAUUUCGUGUGUUCAUGUUGACAUUUUGUAUUGUAUUAGUGGCAGAUAGUAAAGAUUUUUUAACGACAUUUUAUUAUAGACUUAUUCUUAUAGCUGUUGGAGCUGGCACAGCUUUAUUAGUAAAUAUCUUUAUAUAUCCAAUUUGGUCAGGAGAGGAUUUACAUGACUUAGUGGUAAAAAAUUUUAACGGAGUUGCAGCAUCUUUAGAAGGUUGUGUUAAUGGUUACCUUCAAUGUGUUGAAUAUCAAAGGGUCCCUUCAAAAAUUCUUAUUUAUCAAGCAUCGGAUGAUCCACUUUACAGAGGUUAUAGAGCAGCAGUACAAUCAUCAAAUCAGGAGGAAACAUUGUUAGAUUUUGCAUUAUGGGAACCACCUCAUGGUCCAUAUUACAAGUUUAACUAUCCUUGGAGAAGUUAUGUUAAUGUGAGUGGAGCCCUGAGGCAUUGUGCUUUCAUGGUCAUGGCAAUGCAUGGAUGUAUCCUUUCGGAGAUACAGGCCCCUGCUGAAAAGAGGAUGGUGUUCAGUAAUGAACUUCAAAAGGUUGGUAAUGAAGGAGCCAAAGUAUUGCGUCAACUUGGAAGUAAAGUUCAAAAGAUGGAAAAGCUAUGCAACGCAGACAUACUCUUUGAUGUACAUGAAGCUGCUAUCCAACUACAAACGAAGAUUGACCAACAAUCAUUUCUUUUAGUCAACUAUGAUAGUUGGAAAAUGACAAGAAAGAAUAAUAAGGAAAAUGAAACUCUUGACAAUUCGAUAGAUAUGAAAGUCUAUGAAAAUAAGGAAUAUUUGAUUAAUUUGAUUAAUAAUGAAAAUGGAGAUGAUAAUUCAAAUAGUAACAUUGAACCCUCAUUAGUGCGAGACUCAUCAAGCAUUUCACAAAGUACAACAUCACUAAAUAGAUACUGGUCUCGGCCACAUCUAACACUUCAAGGAGAAAUUAGUGAGCCUGAACUCAAAGUACAUGAAAGUGCCAGUUCCUUGUCAUUAGCAACAUUUGCUUCACUUUUAAUAGAAUUUGUUGCAAGGCUUCAAAAUCUUGUAGAUGAAUUCCAAGAUCUUAGUGAGAAGGCAGAGUUCAAAAACCAAACUUUAUAGAUAAUGUGUGUGGUUAUAUAAAGUUGUAGAUAUAUCUCAUUGUGUUUGUAUCAUGGGAUAAAACUAUUGUGGUGAAUUCUUCUAAACCCAUGGCAAUUUUGUGGGUAAGUUACCCUUGCACAUGUGUCUUCAUCUCAGUCGUUGAUCAAAAAAAUUUUCAACCUUUCAUUAAUUGAUGCAUUAAAUGUUUUCACACUACAUUGUAUUUUAUAUUAUUUACAUUAUACCCCGUAACGUAUUUAUACUUGAUGCAAUACGCAAAUAGUUGAUUUUACAAAUCUCUCCCCAAAUACCAUACAAAUCAAAACCUUCCCCAAAUACCAUUUCAAUGUGUACAGCUUCUUCUUCUACCUCUCAAAAGACACUUCAAAAGAACUGCUUCAUUCUUCAACCUCACUGCUUCCUUUACCCUUCUACGAUCUCACUUCUUCUUCUUCUCUACCCUUCUUGUGGGUGAUGGGUUUGAUUUUUCCGGCGACCCACUCCUAAAACCUUCCCCAGAUACUCCUGUAGUAUCCACCGCUCCUUCAUCUACCUCAGUGCUUCUUCUACCCUCCCCUUAACUUAAGCGUUUGAUUUUUCCGACGACCCACUCGCAAAACCUUCCCUA